AUGCAUCACCAACAGCGAAUGGCUGCCUUAGGGACGGACAAAGAGCUGAGUGAUUUACUGGAUUUCAGUGCGAUGUUUUCACCUCCUGUGAGCAGUGGGAAAAAUGGACCAACUUCUUUGGCGAGUGGACAUUUUACUGGCUCAAAUGUAGAAGACAGAAGUAGCUCAGGGUCCUGGGGGAAUGGAGGACAUCCAAGCCCGUCCAGGAACUAUGGAGAUGGGACUCCCUAUGACCACAUGACCAGCAGGGACCUUGGGUCACAUGACAAUCUCUCUCCACCUUUUGUCAAUUCCAGAAUACAAAGUAAAACAGAAAGGGGCUCAUAUUCAUCUUAUGGGAGAGAAUCAAACUUACAGGGUUGCCACCAGCAGAGUCUCCUUGGAGGUGACAUGGAUAUGGGCAAUCCAGGAACCCUUUCGCCUACCAAACCUGGUUCCCAGUAUUACCAGUAUUCUAGCAAUAACCCCCGAAGGAGGCCUCUUCACAGUAGUGCCAUGGAGGUACAGACAAAGAAAGUUCGAAAAGUUCCUCCAGGUUUGCCAUCUUCAGUUUAUGCUCCAUCAGCAAGCACUGCCGACUACAAUAGGGACUCGCCAGGCUACCCUUCCUCAAAACCAGCAGCCAGCACUUUCCCUAGCUCCUUCUUCAUGCAAGAUGGCCAUCACAGCAGUGACCCUUGGAGCUCCUCCAGUGGGAUGAAUCAGCCUGGCUACGGAGGGAUGCUGGGCAAUUCUUCUCAUAUUCCACAGUCUAGCAGCUACUGUAGCCUGCAUCCACACGAACGUUUGAGCUACCCAUCACACUCCUCAGCAGACAUCAAUUCCAGUCUUCCUCCAAUGUCCACUUUCCAUCGUAGUGGUACCAACCAUUACAGCACCUCUUCCUGUACGCCUCCUGCCAACGGGACAGACAGUAUAAUGGCAAACAGAGGAAGCGGAGCAGCAGGCAGCUCCCAGACUGGAGAUGCUCUGGGGAAAGCACUUGCUUCGAUCUAUUCUCCAGAUCACACUAACAACAGCUUCUCAUCAAACCCUUCAACUCCUGUUGGCUCUCCGCCUUCUCUCUCAGCAGGCACAGCUGUUUGGUCCAGAAAUGGAGGGCAGGCCUCAUCAUCUCCUAACUAUGAAGGACCCUUGCACUCCUUGCAAAGCCGGAUUGAAGAUCGUUUAGAAAGACUGGAUGAUGCUAUUCAUGUUCUCCGAAAUCAUGCAGUGGGCCCCUCCACCGCUAUGCCUGGCAGCCACGGGGACAUGCAUGGGAUCAUCGGACCUUCUCAUAACGGAGCAAUGGGCGGUCUGGGCUCAGGGUAUGGAACCGGUCUUCUUUCAGCCAACAGACAUUCACUCAUGGUCGGGGCCCAUCGUGAAGACGGAGUGGCCCUGAGAGGCAGCCAUUCUCUUGUGCCAAACCAGGUUCCAGUCCCACAGCUUCCUGUCCAGUCGGCCACCUCCCCUGAUUUGAACCCGCCCCAGGACCCGUACAGAGGCAUGCCCCCCGGCCUGCAGGGCCAAAGUGUCUCCUCCGGCAGCUCUGAGAUCAAAUCCGAUGACGAGGGCGACGAGAACCUGCAGGACACGAAAUCUUCCGAGGACAAGAAAUUAGAUGACGACAAGAAGGAUAUCAAAUCAAUUACUAGGUCAAGAUCUAGCAAUAACGACGACGAGGACCUGACCCCCGAGCAGAAGGCGGAGCGGGAGAAGGAGCGGAGGAUGGCCAACAACGCCCGCGAGCGCCUGCGCGUCCGCGACAUCAAUGAGGCUUUCAAGGAGCUGGGCCGCAUGGUGCAGCUCCACCUCAAGAGUGACAAGCCGCAGACCAAGCUCCUGAUCCUGCACCAGGCCGUGGCCGUCAUCCUCAGCCUGGAGCAGCAGGUCCGAGAGAGGAAUCUGAAUCCGAAAGCUGCGUGUCUGAAAAGAAGGGAGGAAGAAAAGGUAUCCUCGGAGCCUCCCCCGCUGUCCUUGGCGGGCCCUCACCCUGGAAUGGGAGACGCUUCGAACCACAUGGGACAGAUGUGA